AUGACUCACAGAUGGUGGUUCAAAGGUGCGCGGUGGUUGGCAUGGUGGCGUAGGACUGGUGAGGUAAUGACUGGUUCCAAUGAGGGGGUCGCAAAUCAAAUUGGGGCACAACUGGGCAGUGGUGGUUUGCGAUGGUUGGUUGGGGCUCACAAUAGCCACUACUGGGGACGUGUUGGUUGUCGGUGA